AGUCGGGGGCUGUGCGGAGGCGCGGGCUCUGGGCUCCCGGCUCCAGGCGGCGGAAGCGGCGCCUCCAAUCAGGCGGCGGGCUCGCGACCCUCGGCGCACCCGGCCGGCGCUGCCCGCCCCGCGGACUGACUGACGCGCCGGCUCGCCCCCGCCCCCGCGCCCGCCCCCGCCUAGUCUCCCCGGGCUCGGGCUCGGCUCAGACUCCGCUCUGCUCUUCUCUUCUGCAGCCCUCGCUUUCCCUGCCCGCAGCAGCUCCUCCUCGGCUGCGCGGCGGCGGCGGCGGCGGCGGCGGAGGCGGCCAGCUCGGCAGCUGCAAGCGACCACACACACAGGCGGCAGCGGCAGCGGCAGCGGCGGCGCCGAGGAUGAAGUGCAAGCCGAACCAGACGCGGACCUACGACCCCGAGGGCUUCAAGAAGCGCGCCGCGUGCCUGUGCUUCCGCAGCGAGCGCGAAGACGAGGUGCUCCUGGUGAGCAGCAGCCGCUACCCCGACCGCUGGAUCGUGCCCGGCGGGGGCAUGGAGCCCGAGGAGGAGCCGGACGGCGCGGCGGUGCGCGAGGUGUACGAGGAGGCGGGAGUCAAGGGGAAGUUGGGCCGGCUGCUGGGCGUCUUCGAGCAGAACCAAGAUCGCAAGCACCGGACCUACGUGUUCGUGCUCACCGUCACCGAGCUGCUGGAGGAUUGGGAAGACUCGGUCAACAUCGGCAGGAAGCGAGAGUGGUUCAAGAUCGAAGAUGCCAUCAAGGUCCUCCAGUGCCACAAGCCCGUGCAUGCCGAGUACCUGGAGAAACUGAAGCUGGGCGGCUCCCCGACUAAUGGAAACUCAGCCGCCCCGUCCCCGCCGGAGAGCGAGCCCUAGCUUCACAGUGAAUAUGACUGGAUGGUAUAUCUCUACCAACCUUCUAAAUGUAUUCCACAAACCUGUAUUAAAUAUACAUGGACGGUGACACUAAUUUAUGCGUUUUAUUCUAUAGAUUACCUUUCCAAAAUUUGGUACACAUAGAAUUGAAUAUCAUCCUUCCCCACCAUGGUUCUCUGUUACAUAAAUCCUUCUAAGUAAUAGACGUGUAGUAAACAAAAUAGAUACUGUCAAAGAAAUGAGUACAAACCUGCUUACCAAAAUUAUAGCUUUUUUAAAACAUGCAUGUAAUUUGAUAUCCUAAAUAGUGCUGAAUUAUUGAAUAUGGUUUUCACUAAUUACUGAGUAAUCUAAAUCACUGAAUAGAUAAUUCCCAGUGACCUCAGUCUUAAAGAGUAUACACCAAUCCUACAGAAACUGGAUUAUUGCUUUAUUUCUGUAUUGUAUACAUAAAAAUACCUCUCAUCUCAACACACCAGGAAUAUGUUGGGGGUUUUAGUACAAUGUAAUAUUCUAGAAAUAAUAAUACACAGUAUUAUAUUUGGCAGUUGAACUCUGUUUGAAUAAUUUGAGGAGACCUUAUUUAAGCAAAUUUCAGUCUUGUUCUAUAAUCAUACUUUGUUUCAUUUAAAAGCAUUUGGAUUGAGCAGUACAGUUGAAUGAGAUUAUCUUUGGGAUCCACAGAGACUGUUCAUGCAAUUUCCAACCUUCCAGUACUUCCCAUUUCCAUAUUGCAAGCAAAAACCAGUUAUCACUCUUUAAAUUCAAAUUCAUACAGUUUAAUAUCCUCCAUGGGGUUCAUUUGAGAAAAGAAAUGAAUGUCUCCAAAUGAUCUUUCCUUUUAAUAGAAUAAUUCCAGGAAAUUCAGAUAAAACUGCUGACACAGGAAUAAAGCAAAUCUUGUCAGGAUCUUAUAUUUUCCAAAAGUUUGACACACUGGUGUGAUUUUCUCCUUGGAUGGGUUACUUAGUGCCUAUGCAUUUUACAUGUUGAGAGCAGUGAAGCUGAAUUUUUCAGAUCAUCCCAUUUCCCCCCAAUCCAGUGUACUGAUGAAAGAUAGUAAGACGUUUACACAAGAUAACAGAAGUUUGUUUUCAGCAUGUUGUCUUAAAGGGCUGAUUUUCCCUCCACUGGACAAGUGCCUAUGCUUAUCCUUUAAAAAGCUUGAAGUCAUGCUGAAGUCAAAGGAAUUUUGAUAUGUUUGAUGCAGGUAUACGAUGUAUUAGAAACCUAUUUUGUGGAUCAGAUCGUUUUUGUUUUUGUUUUUGCAAGAAGGGCUGAAACAUGGCUACAUAUAGUUCUGUUGGUAUGAUUUCAUUGGAAAGAAUUGUUAUAAAGCAUUAUUUAGAAGUAUCAGUAAAAGUGAAAGUUUGUAAGAACAGUAACAGGCCGCUUGUAAGAUGUCAGCAUGGGACACAUGAUUUAACAGGAUCAGGAGGUGGAGUUGCUUCUUUCCUCCCUUUACUUUACAUGGAGCUCCUUUAUGAGAAAGAACAUUGAUUACUGGGAAAGGUGGAGAUGCUCAGACCGUAUAUAAUUCUAACAGCUAGCCAAGCUUUUUUUUCUUUCUCAGAGAUCUUUUUGUGAAAGCACCUAUUGUAGUUAUGUUCCUAACUAACUGUUUUCCUAAUAGAAUAUGAACUCCUUGAGGACUAGGACCCAACCUGAAUCCUGCCUCAAAACGGGCUAAAAUUCGGAGACAUUUGUCAUUGACUCACACACUAGAAAUGUGAAUUCCUGAGUUUCUUUUUUAAGUUUCAUAACAUACCUGGGAGAAUUUAUUUCUUUAGGCUCUCACCUGUGCUGACAGUGGAACCACAUUGGAUAAUUCACUGCAGGCUUUUCCGGUAGAAAGGGUUGAUGAACCAUACUAAAUCCUCUGUAAAUAUUUGUUGUCUAGACUCUACAGGAAUGGACAAACCAGUAAAACCUUAUUAAUCAGAUUAUCUUUUUUUAGGUGAAUGGAAUAGAUGUUGUUCAGAUUUACUUUGAAAGAAUCAAGUAUGUGAACCCAAUGAUGAAUGGAAUUGUGAAGCACAGGUGAGCUCUUUGACAUCCCCAAGGACACAGCUCACCCUAUGCUUUUGGACACUGCUUUCCUGUUAUUAACAAUGGCUAGACUUCAGGUUGUUGCACUACCACUGUAUCUGUACAGAAUUCUAUUUGGCACCUGUGGCCUUUUUGUGCUUUUGUCUGUAUUUCCCCAUCAGAUAGGACCUUGAAUGCAAAGAACUUGCUUUCUUAGUCUUUUUAUAUCUAGCAUACAUUACUUGAUAUAUGGUAGGCGUCACUGAAUAUUUGUUUAAUAUUUUGUAAUGAUAAUGAAUGGUAAAACAUCCCUCUUCUAAUCUCUCUAGCAUAUAUGUGGCUUUUGUAUAUCAGGUGUCUCCCAACUAUUUCAAGGCAGCUGUGAGAUAGUAGCAAAGAUUCAUAUUCAUAUGUCUGUGUUAUCCCAGACAUUAUGUACCUCCUACAUUUGCCAAAAUUUUGAACCUAAAUUUAACUGUGCCUCUAGACAUAAUUUCUCCUUUAUAGAAAAUUCAGGAGACAGAGAAACAGUUUACUGUAUAUCAAACAGAUGAGAUUAAUAGAAUCCUGACUUCAAGAAAACACAGGACAGAUGAUCCAGUUUCUUUGGUAUAUAGUCACAAGGAUGAAAGGAAAGGGUGGUGGUUAAACCUGUGCAUUGAAAAAAAGGCUUCUGAGAGUGAUCAAUACUUGCAUGGAUCUUACUUGGAUCCUGAUUUGAUCAAACUAUAAGAUGAAUUAAUAUCAGACAACUAGAAUAUUUGGAGCAUUGGCUGGAUAUUUUCACGUUGAUUAUUAUAAUACUGUUAUACUGGAGACAGAAUUCUUAUCUGCAUUCAAAUAUUUACCGUUGAAAUGAUAUAAUGUCUGGGAUUUGCUUCAAAAUGUAUCUAGAUAUUAAAUACACUGGACAUACUCAAAGAAGAUUGGCCUUCAAGAUCAUUGAAGCUGAAUGAUGAUUAAAUGAUGUUCAUCAUAUAUGUUCAUCUCUGCUUUUGUAUGUUUGACAUUUUCCAUAAUAAAAAAAGUUAAUCAAAAAUCA